CCGACUACUGUCAGGUGGCAUGGACUUCGCCCCGGCUACAAGUAGUCGAUAGAGUCACUCCGACUGCACCCCUGCAAGACAGCAGACGUUUUUAUCUUGUAAGCUUCCUGGUGUACCUGCUCGAAAAGGCCGCAAGAAUGAAGCACACCUUAAUAGAAGACAAAGGUAACCUGACGUCAGCUUUAUCUGAAAUCAAAAGCCAAAAACUCCUCGCUGUUGACUGUGAAGGUGUAAACUUGAGUAGGUUGGGUGAACUGACUCUACUGACAAUAGCAACAAAGGCCGAGGUCUUUGUCUUUGACAUACUGAAACUCAGCCAGGCUGCAUUCGACAAUGGACUUUGUGAAGUUCUGGAGGACAAUUCCAUCGAGAAAUUGAUGUUUGACUGUAGGCAAGACUCCGAUAGCCUUUGGCAUCAAUUCAAGGUUAAAAUAGCAGGCGUGCUUGACAUCCAGCUCCUGGAAAUAAUGUUCCGGAGAGAUAACUUCCCUUCACCGCAAAGAACGUACAAAUCGUACAGGCGAAGUGCGAUGAUUGACGAUGUUGAGAAUGUUUACGGAUACCGGAAGUGCCUUGAGUUGUACCUCGAUGACGACGAUAUGAUUGAAAAGAAAGACAACGGCAAACUAAUGUUUGACGACUGGCAAAUAUGGAAAAGACGCCCAAUUCCAAAAGUUCUUAUCGAUUAUUGCGUUGUAGAUGUAUCCGGAUUGUUCCUGCUGUAUGAAAAGCUGAAACAGUCCGACGCGGAUUUGCCUCGUCUGCGAGUUGCCUCAGAGCGCUAUGCGGACAUGUUCAGGAGGAAAGAGGAUCGAAGUAAUGACUCAUACGAAUCAAACGCUCUGCUGCCUUUGGAGAUCAUACCCGAGACUGGGACUCUCGGUUUCCCUGGUGCGUCAACAAAGUGCACAACAUGUGAUCGGAUGUUUCCACGGGAAGAAUUCAGUGGUAUUCAGCUGCGACAGGGAAAUCAAAAAUGUCGGGUGUGUAAGAAAGUCAAAUUGAGGAUAGAUGUUCAAAAUAACAGGCCCGAUAGUGUAGAUGAAUAUUACGAAGAAAGCUCGUUUGGGAUUAUUGAUUAUUGAUGACCAUACUUCAGUAACCUUAACAAUUAGCCGACAUUAUUUAUCUGUCUACUAUAUACUAUAUAUCAGCUUGCUUAGUUCACUUUAUAGACAACUCGGCACAGACCGAUACUGACUACUGCGGGUGAUGAUCGAUUUCCAACUCUUAUCAUACACUCUUCCAACAUAUAUGUCCAACAUUUAUUUGUCAAAACCUAACAAUAUUUAUUAUGUAAAACAACUUUGUUAAAUAAGAUUAUUAGCACACAAAUUGAAUUUUUAAUGUCGUAGGUAUACUAAUAUCGAAAGAGGAAAUGGAUUGUAUAUAUUUUGUUAUAUGAUUGAAGCAAAAGAUUCAUUUCAUAUCGUUUCGACAUGUCGUUGUUUUGCUAACAUAAGAUCUAAAUUCAUCAAAAGAUAUUAUGUAAAUCGUCCUACUAUGUUUGAAUUAACCCAACUGCUAAAGAGUAGUAUUACAGAGAUUAUAACUUUGGGUAGGGUAAAUAUUUAGUGCAUGCGAAAAAGAAAAGGUUUCAACUACAUUAAAUACUGGUUAAUGAUUACUCUCUACUAUAAUAAUGCACAAAUAUAAUGUCUUUAUGUUAUAGGCUUAGGAUUUGAUAGGGUACAUGAUGAACGCAGGCAAUUACUUCCCUCUAUAUCAUUUAUAUAAUAAAUUUAAUUGCAAAAUCACUACCGUUGUUGGAUUUGUAGCUAGCUAGGUGAUUUACGUUCAGUUCAAUGUUUCCAAUGAUUGUCCAAACUGAUUUUAUAGUCUCUUAUUGUUGUAGUCUGUGUGACCGACCCAGGAAGACUUUUCCAAAUAUCAAGAGUUCUUUAACGAAAGGAAUGAUCCCACUGUCUUAUUUACAUUUAUUUUUCUUUAUUUUUGUGUGUGUAUGCCUUCUCGUUCAAGAUGUUAAAUCUUUAUCAAAGAUGCCAGCAGUAACUUUGUUGGCGUGAAAAUUGGUCAUAAUUUUGUUAACAUUAUGUAUAUCUCCUCUCAUUCCUCGAUAUGUAAGUGUUGGGAUUCCUAUUUUUUUAAGACGGUCGCUGUAAGAUAGAUCCUUCAGUCCAGGUAUUGGUUUUGUUGCCCUUCGCUGUACUUUUUUUAUUUGUUUGAAUGUCUUAAACUGUGUAUGGGUUCCAUACACUUGCCGCGUAUUGCAGGUGUGGACGAACAGCUGUUUCAAGGUACAUCAUCCAAAUUCACACAUGAUCUUCUAAUAAGCCGCACAAUGCUGUUUGCCUAGUUUACUGCCUGAUGAAUGCGAAACGCAAACUUCAUAUCCUUAUUUAUCAAUACACCAAUGUCUUUUUCAU